UUAUAUUUCGUUAUUCAUAUUAUUUCUUAUUUCCCAAUUUCUCAGACUCGCACUCAUGACGCUCGACGUUUUUGGGCAUCAGCCUCCGACCGCCGCUGCGCAUCUGACGGCCGUCCUCGUGUCGUCCGCCGUUGCAGGAUAUGGCUUGAAGCGCAACAGUCUAUCGCGAUCCGGUGCUGCGCUGGCCAUGGUUGUCGGAUACCUGACUUCGCUUGCCGGGUUUCGGUUUUUCGCCGUGCUGCUCUUCUUCUUCCUGUCGUCGUCCAAACUCACCAAGUUUGGCGCCAAGCAAAAGCAAAAGCUCGAAGACGGAUUUGUUGAAGGUGGUCGUCGCACCGCCAUGCAGGUGUUUUGCAACGGCGGUGUGGCAACAAUGCUUGCAUACUGCUAUGUGGUGUUUGUUGGCGGAGACCAGCCGUGCCUGGAUCGCGCUCGUUUCCCGCUGGAAACGGCCAUCUGCGCUGCUUUCGUUGGACAUUAUGCUUGCUGCAACGGCGACACCUGGGCCAGCGAACUUGGCAUCCUGAGCAAGACUCCGCCGAGGCUGAUUACGACCUUCAAGCCUGUUCCCGCUGGUACAAAUGGUGGAAUUUCGCUGCUCGGUACGGGCGCAAGUGUUGCUGGUGGCGCAUCCAUCGGUGCUGUCAUGUGGCUGGCUUGGCUGCUGCGAAAUCUCGUGUACGAACAGCUUGGCCACCACGAGCUCGUCCGCGCGACAGACCAAUGCCCGCCACAGUGGCCAUUGAUUGUGUUGGGCCUGGUCGGUGGGCUGGUCGGCUCGAUUGUCGACUCGCUGCUCGGCGCCUUGCUCCAAAUUUCCUUCUACGAUUCCAAAGCGAACAAGAUUGUUGCUGCAUACAACGACUCGACCAAACACAUUUCGGGUAUUGAUGUGUUUGACAAUCAUCAGGUGAACUUUCUUUCAGCAUUCGUUACAAGCAUGUGGAUUGCAUACGUUGGGCUAUUACUGUUUUGAGCACGACGGGCUUUGUUGUUCUUGUGUUGUGCAGAACGGUUUGUUUGCAAUUUGAAGGCUGUAGUUAUGCACGCAAGCUUUGGGAUUUGGCAAUGGCGAUACUCCGAGAAGGGAGAUGGG